AUGGAAUCUGACCCAAAGAAAAAAGCUUCUGUUCUCAUUUUAGGUGCUGGUCGGGUAUGUCGGCCAGCUGCAGAAUUUCUGACAUCAAUAGGUGGCGAUUCACCACAAGAAUGGUUAAAAUCAUUCAGGAUAGGCGAUCUUGAAGAGCAGACUUGUGUUCAAGUUAUUGUUGCUUCUCUUUUUCUGAAAGAUGCAGAAGAGAUAGUUGAAGGAAUUCCAAAUGCAACAGCUGUUCAACUUGAUGUUAUGAAUCAGGAGAAUCUUUAUAAUUACAUUUCACAGGUUGAUGUUGUCAUCAGUUUAUUGCCUCCUAGUUGCCACAGUAUUGUAGGAGGUGCAUGCAUUCAGCUUAAGAAACAUCUCGUCACAGCUAGCUACGUUGAUGAUUCCACGUCCAAGCUUAAUGAACUAGCCAAAAGUUCUGGUGUUACAAUUCUUUGUGAGAUGGGCUUGGACCCUGGAAUAGACCACAUGAUGGCAAUGAAGAUGAUUAAUCAUGCCCACGUACAAGGGGGAAGGAUCAAGUCUUUCAUUUCUUACUGUGGUGGUAUUCCUUCUCCUGAAGCAGCAAACAACCCAUUAGCUUACAAAUUCAGUUGGAGUCCCGCAGGGGCUAUACAAGCUGGACGGAAUCCUGCAACUUACAGAUACCAGGGAGAAGUUGUACAUGUUGAUGGGGAGAACCUUUAUGAUUCUGCUAAAAGGCUUCGGCUAGCAGAUUUCCCAGCUUUUGCAUUGGAAUGCCUUCCAAAUCGAGACUCCUUAAUUUAUGGUGACCUAUAUGGAAUAGAAAAUGAAGCAUCAACCAUCUUUCGUGGAACCCUAAGAUAUGAAGGUUUUGGCAGUAUAAUGGGAUCGUUUGCAAGAAUUGGUUUCUUUAGCACUGAGGUCAUCCCUAUCCUUGAGAAUCAGAAAAGACCCACAUAUAGAACUUUUUUACUUUCACUUCUCAAAAUUCGUGAAGGAAAUUUGGAUGAAUCUGCAAUAGGGGAGAAUGACAUAAUGGAAAGCAUUGUUUCCCUUGGCCUUUGCAAAGAGACAGAAACUGCAGUAAAGACAGCCAAAACUAUAGUAUAUUUGGGAUUUCAUGAGGAAUCAGAAAUUCCAAAAUCCUGUCGAAGUGCAUUUGACGUUACCUGCCUCCGCAUGGAAGAAAAGUUGGCAUAUUCUGGGAUAGAGCAGGACAUGGUGUUGUUGCACCAUGAAGUAGAAGUGGAUUUCCCUAAUGGUCGACCUACUGAAAACCACAGAGCAACUUUAUUGGAAUGUGGAAGGACUAAGAAUGGAAAGACAACCACCGCAAUGGCUCUUACUGUUGGGAUCCCUGCAGCCAUUGGAGCUCUGCUUUUGCUCCAAAAAAAGAUCCAAACAAAGGGUAUCUUAAGGCCUAUUGAUCCUGAAAUUUACAUGCCAGCGCUGGAUAUUUUGGAGGCUUAUGGCAUAAAGUUGCUGGAGAAGAUGGAUUAG